AUGCAAACCAGGUUACAGAGACCACCUGUGUUCAAGCGGUCCACCCUCUUUUCACGGCUCCAACAGCUAUAUCCACCUGAACGACGUUUCAACUCUAGACGCAAUAUCCUCAGACCCUCUCGUGGUAAAUGUUCGUUUCAAAUCCUCUUCGCAAGUGGGACUACUUCUCUGUGCAUUCUCCGGUGAAGAUUUUCUCACGUUGGGGUUGGAAAAUGGCGCCCUAGUAGUAAGGUUCAGCAUGAGAGAACGAGGGGAAGAAAUUAGAGUGGUGCACAACACGACUACCGUUCAUGAUGGUCUGUGGCAUAGGGUCAAAGCUGUAAGAGAUGGACUAUCGGCUCUCUUGAUAGUGGACAAUGGGCCUGCUGUCACUAGACAAUCAGUAGAAAUCGUCCAAAGAUCUCCAUCUCGCCCCGAAGACGAAGGCCUCUACAUCGGCGGCAUGCCGCAGGUCGACCUGCAGACCUUCACGAGAUACAGGACUGGAAUCAGGGGUUGCGUGGCCGACCUAGUCAUCAACACAGACUACCACCUGCAGCUGAUAAACCACUCUGAUGCGGGACACAACAUAGGCCAGUGCGAGGCAUGAAGUCAAUUGAACCGAUCCAAACGAAAAGUCAAUAAAUUAUAGCGCAAAUUGGAGACCAAUCGAGGAAAUUGGCGUCUACGAGCAACAGGGGGCCUAGUUUUUUAGCUGAAUCGUGUACUCUAAUCUGAAACUUUCCUAUCUUCACUGACAUUCAUGUGCUAAAUGUGGGAAAAACAUAAGGCUGACUAUUAAAAGCUGUUGAGCUGUCAAGGGGAUAUACCAAAGAUGCGGUUAUGACAAUUGAUGUGCCCAAGAUGUGUAUAAACCUCUGGCGCGACGCGCUUGAAGAAAGUUGUCGAUGCAGGGAAACUAUUUUGUUUCCGUAUGAUCCUCAAUAGAGGGCGACAUAUGUCUUGAAAAGUAAUUUCAGUUGAAUUUAAAGUUCCUAUAUAUCGUUGACUCUAUUCACUGACACGAAUAAUUCAGUUAUAUAAGCAUACAUACUCCAUUUAAAUAAAAUAUAUUUUGAGGUGAAAAAAUUGAAAAAUAAUUAAUGUUUUCGCUCAGCAAGUUAGCUAUAUAACGAUUUUUUAAAAUAAAUAUGAAGACAUAUAUCGAAUUCGAAAAUAUGAACUACUGUUCUUUCACCUUCAGAUUUAAGUGAAAAAUUUUGCUGAUAUCGACAACAAAAUUCCAAUAAAAAUUAAAAUUUGUACCAAGGGUGACUAUAGUCAUCUAUACCAAGGGUGACUAUAGAUGACUAUAGAUGACUAUAGUCACCCUAUAAACCUAUAACUAGCGAGAUCAAUCACAUUAUUUGAAGUCCAAUUAUAUAAUAUACAAGAAUCAAUCGAGAAAUAUACAGAAGUGAUGGAUGACUUCAUUAACUGUUGAUAAAAAAAUUGAUACAGAGUCCAUAGGUUUUGCAUUUUUGAAUGUCGACAAAUUUCAUUUUGGGUCAGAAAAGAUGUAUUUAUUGAAUUAAAUCACAACUGACUGGAAUUCUUCAGAAUCAGAAGAAUGAUUCUCUUUGAUCGAUUCCUAAUUUAUAUUCUCUUUCAAAACUUCACACUAUCACAGUUGAAUAUCUGUAUGACUUUUUUCGUCUUCGAGGUCGACCAAAGUUAUUUACUUGUAUCACAGUUUUGAAAUUUAGUAAUAGCAAUGAGUGUAUACCCCUCUUCACAAUGAUUGGAACUAUUAUUUUUCAGCUGUAUCUCACUAUACAGGCUAGUCGAAAGAAAAUGAAACAGAACCGUCAUCAAAAACUACGUCUACAAUUCGGGAAAAUGCAAAUAGUUAUUUUUCUAUCAGAGGAGGGUACUCUUCUUCGAUAGUUUUGACUCUGCUACCCUCUGACAAUCACCCCAACAUUUUUGAGGGGCAUGAAGUACGUUGAGAUGCUCGCGUACUACAAUCGCCGACAAUUUAUUUAGGCAUAUCUUUCAGAAAUGGAGAAAUGCAGGUCUACAGAUAUUCAGCUUCACAGUAGCUAAAAAAUCAAGGAGACUCAAAUUUGGUGACCACGAAGAACAUCUUGUCCCAAUUCAGUGCUAUAUGAAAUGUUGAUCUCAUUCAACAGUAUGAUGAAUGCCAUUUGAUGUUUUCUUUCGCAUUUUACUUAGUUUGUUUUUUGACAUUCAGAACAAAUUACAUUAAUGAAAUGGAAAGAUGAUCCUAUAUUUGUCUGCAAAUAUGUAUAUGUUCAUACGAUAGGUGUUUCUGAAAUAAUAUAGGACAGACUGAAAGACAAGUGUCUUAUUGAGAGUAUAAUAGAAUAUUCAGCUGAUUAAACUCAGAUACACCCAACAGAAAUUACCAACAGAGAUGCUAAAAAUGAAAUUUGGGAAAUGCCAGAAUCCUCGCCACGGUAAAAAUAUUACCAAAACGAAUAACUCAAGAACUUAUU